AUGAAUGGAUACAAGGGGAUACUUGCCAAACGACGACAAGAGAUGCUGCAAACCUUUCCCAUGCGACUGGAACAAGUGGCAACAAAAUAUGGAAAAUGGAUCCUGAACUGUCCUACAAAUACCAUUUCGUUUGGGGUUACACUCGACAAUCCGGUACCAGCGCGAAAAGAUGAAGACCGAGAGGACGCCUAUCUUAGAGCACGGGACAUUUCGGCGUUUGGAUCCAUGCUCUUCAGUCGAUGUGUGAGCGGGACCCGAGUGAUGCCAAGAGCACAAUCCAAAACAAUGGGUGAGUUUGUCGGAUUUGGAAGCUCGGUUGUGGGGAUACGCCCAUGCAUACAUGACGGCAGCAUGUGCCGUUGGAUUGACAAGACUCUUCAAGAAAAGCACGACAACAAGCAACCUAACAGUUUUUACUCCAAAAGAGUUUCUUUAUCGCAACACGCUGUUGCUUAG